AUGAUGUGGAUUUGCGCAGCGGUGGCGGCCGCGGUGAUCGCCGCUUUGAGUGUACGAGGCGAGCAAGUUAUGCUUCUUGACACUACGACUGAGAAUACUCUUGGAUGGACACGUUAUCCAUACGGCCCACAAGCAAGUACGCCUGGCUGGUUAGAAGAAUCUUAUACUAAUUUUGAGAAACAAAUUAACUGGCGAUCUUACGUCGUAUGUGACGUAGCGCAUCAUAAUGUAAAUAACUGGCUUUGGACUCCAUUUAUUGAAAGAAGAAAUGCAAAUCGAAUUUAUAUUGAAAUCAAAUUUACAAUAAGAGACUGUUCACUUUUUCCUGGUAAUGCUUUAAGUUGCAAAGAAACUUUUAGUCUACUGUAUUAUGAGUUUGAUGUUGCUACACGAGAACAACCACCUUGGGAACCAGAAAGUUAUAAGUUAGUUGGCCGUAUUGCAGCUGGAGAAGGAAGAUUUAAUACAAAUUCUGAAGUGGAUAUAAAUACUGAAGUCAAAAGUAUAGCAGUUACUAAACGUGGAGUAUACAUUGCAUUCAGAGAUCAAGGAGCUUGUAUUUCAAUAUUAGCAGUUAAAGUUUAUUAUAUAACUUGUCCAGAAGUAACAAUAAACUUUGCAAAAUUUCCAGCAACACCUACUGGACGUGAAAUAACGAUAAUUGAACAAGCUAAUGGAACUUGUGUUCAGAAUGCUGAAACAGCACCAGGUGAGGCACCUCCAGUAUACUUAUGCAAAGGUGAUGGUAAAUGGACCCUGCCAAGUGGAUCUUGCAAGUGUCGAGCUGGUUAUGAAUCUGAUCAUAAUAAUCAAAUAUGUAAUGAGUGUUCACCAGGCAAAUUUAAGUCACACACUGGAGAUGACCCAUGUUUGCCAUGUCCAGACUACUCAGAAUCUACGGUGUUUGCUUCAACGGAAUGUAAAUGUGUUCCUGGAUUUUUCAGAGCCAAGAAAGAUCCUAGGAAUGUACCUUGCACUCAGCCACCAUCUGCCCCAGACAACUUAACUGUAACUUUUGCUGAUCAGUUUUCAAUAUCUCUUGCUUGGCAACCUCCUCAUAAAACUGGAGGGCGAAGUGAUGUCACUUACAAAAUAUCCUGUUCUAAUUGUGGUCCUAGUGUUGAGUACAGACCAGCCGCUUCUGGUCUCAAUUCUUCUAGAGUAACCGUCAUGGGAUUAGAUCCGGUUACUGAAUACAAAUUCCAAGUCUUUGCUCUAAAUGGUGUAUCAGAUUUGACAGGAGAGCCUCCAAAAAAAGUGGAAAUUACAGCAGUUACUGAAGCCUCUGUUGUUAGUGUUAUAACCAAACUAAGAGUUGUGAGUGUUGAAAGUGAUAAGUUAUCCCUUGCCUGGAAUCCACCACCAAUAGAUUUAACUGAUCCAGAUGAUGCAAUAGAAAGUUAUGAAAUAAAAUGCUUUCCUAAGGAUAAUCUUGAAAAAACAGCUAAUGCAACUGUUAAAAUAACAAAAGAACCUCAUGUUAUAAUUACUGGAUUAAAACGGGACACUGCAUAUGGUAUUAGAGUUAGAGCAAAAAUGAAAAGAGGCUGGGGAGAAUUAAGUGGUAUUGUUUAUGCUAGAACUGGAUCAGUUCUUGAGACCACAUUUGUUGGUGAAGAAGAGGGUGCACAAGUAAAAUUAAUAGCAGGUGUAAUGGUUGGUUUUGUUGUACUAUCAGUAGUAGCAAUUAUUGCUACUGUUCUAUUCUUACGCUUACGUUCCGAUGAUGAAUGUGACAAAAAACAACCAAGUGAUUGUAAUGCAUUAAACUACCGUAAUGGAGAAGUUUACACUGGACCUGAUAGACCAGCGAAAACGAGUAGUAACGCUACAACGCCACUCUUCGCUGGAACUGGCUCUAGAACAUACAUAGAUCCUCACACAUAUGAAGAUCCUAACCAAGCAGUACGUGAAUUUGCUCGAGAAAUAGAUGCAUCUUGUAUUACCAUAGAAGCAAUUAUUGGUGGAGGUGAAUUUGGAGAUGUAUGUAGAGGAAAACUUAAACUACCAGCUAGUUGUGGACAAGAAAUUGAUGUCGCCAUCAAAACUCUUAAACCUGGAUCUACAGAGAGAGCCAGGAGAGAUUUCCUAGCUGAAGCUUCUAUUAUGGGGCAGUUCGAACAUCCAAAUGUAAUAUUCUUGCAAGGUGUUGUUACCAAAUGUAAUCCAAUAAUGAUUAUAACAGAAUUUAUGGAAAAUGGAUCUUUAGAUACAUUUUUACGGGCCAACGAUGGUAAAUUCAGAGUUUUACAGUUAGUAGGCAUGCUACGGGGCAUUGCCACUGGAAUGCAAUAUUUGUCCGAAAUGAAUUACAUUCACCGCGAUCUCGCUGCGCGUAAUGUUCUUGUGAAUUCCCAACUUGUGUGCAAAAUUGCUGAUUUCGGCUUAUCACGUGAAAUCGAGUCAACUGCUGAUGGAGCGUACACGACGCGGGGUGGCAAGAUACCAGUCCGCUGGACUGCACCGGAGGCUAUUGCAUUUAGAAAGUUCACAUCUGCCAGUGAUGUGUGGUCUAUGGGCAUAGUUUGUUGGGAAGUCAUGAGCUUCGGCGAGCGUCCAUAUUGGAAUUGGAGCAAUCAAGAUGUUAUAAAAUCUAUAGAAAAAGGAUAUCGCCUUCCAGCACCAAUGGAUUGUCCAGAAGCAGUAUAUCAGCUAAUGCUAGAUUGUUGGCAAAAAGAACGUACUCACCGACCCACUUUUGCCAGUAUCGUUAAAACUUUAGAUAAGCUUAUACGAUGCCCAGACACAUUAAGAAAAAUAGCACAGAAUCGCUCAGCAGAUCCUCUCGCGGGUGAUACACCUGACUUGAUUCAAUUCUCUUCUGUGGAAGAAUGGUUAGAGUGCAUCAAAAUGUCCCGAUACGUGGAAAAGUUUAGAGCUGCUGGUAUAACCGACAUGAACGCCGUUGUCGAUCUCACGGUCCACCAGCUUGCGUCUUUAGGUGUGACACUAGUUGGGCAUCAAAAGAAGAUAAUGAACAGUGUUCAAAGUAUGCGUGCUCAAAUACGCGUUAGUGGCCCAUAUGGUUUUCUUGUG